AUGUCCAGUUUGACUCCCACAAGUCAGGCCGGUCCCGAUGCUAGCCUGACCGACCAGAUGCUUGACCUUCUUGAUCUCUCUGCCUACGAUAGCCAACAGUUCGACUCGGCAUCUUCGUCGCCUUUGGAAGGCCUCAAGACAACAUCAGUUCCCGAGCCGACCAUUCCCGAGACGACCGCUGCACCCGGCACCUUCUUAUCAAGCCCACAAUCGUUUCCGGCUCCCAGUCACCAGUAUGACCAGUACAAGCAACAGACUGGCAUCGUCCCCGGCGCGCUCGCGACCACAUUUGCUGUGAACGAGAACAACCCAAAUAUCCCGGGAUACAUGGACUUCAGCGUGGAUCUUCUCAGCACGACGAGUAGCGAGAGUUUCACUUUCAAUUCUCCCCUCCUGGGCAGCAACCCCCAGGGCUUUUCUGACUGGCGCUCGGGUACGGCACGCAGUCCCCUCAACCGGACACUGAGCAGCCCCCAUCUUGUGGAGGCUCGAGAGCAGCUUUUGGCCUCGUCACGUCCCAACGCUCCCAUGGGUCGGGUAUACCCCGGCAUGCAUCAACAGCAAGCAGCCCUGGCAAAACUGCGGGAGCAGCAGAGACAGCAGGAACAGCUGCGGAAACUCCGCGCUGCUAGCUCCGACUCGUCCGACAAUACCGAUCCUGUCAUUCAAGAGCAGAUUAACAAGAUCCUCAGUGAGAUGCGUAACAACCCUCUGCCCAGUCCAGAACCAGUCGGGCCGCCCAUUCUUCAGGCGCCACGGCAGAAGAAGCCGGAGGCGGAGAUGGAUGAGGAUGAGAAACUCUUAAACAGCGAGCAGGGCAAGGCUCUCUCAAGCAAGGAGCGUCGACAGCUUCGCAACAAGGUUUCUGCUCGGGCUUUCCGGUCUAGAAGAAAAGAGUACAUUGCUCAGCUUGAAAGUGAGGUGUCUAAGAAGCAUGCCGAGAAUGCCAUGUUGCGCCACCAGAAUAAGGCGCUCAUCAUGGAAAACCAGCGACUCGGUGACUUUGUUCGCCACUUACUCUCCAAGCCCGCUUUUGCUAGCGUACUCCAGGAGCUGAUCGCCAACCCGGACCUGCUCCCAAAAGCCAACCCUCCGCCACCCACACCGCGGCCCCAACAGCAGCAGGCACCCCAACUCCCAAAGGAUGUGAAUCCGUAUGCGGCACAACAACUCCAAGCUCUUCAACAACAACAGCAGGGGCUAGUCCCCAUUCCUGAGGAUCUGUCACUGGACUUUGCGGCUGAUACUGCCGGUCUUAGCAGUCUGACAGCCCUCCCCGCCAUGAACUAUCAACCUCAGGUCUUCGCUGCUGUUUUCGACACCCCAGAACCGGUUAUCGACACCUCCGUCUUGUCUGGCAAGUCGGGCUCCCUCUUCUUGUUCUCAAGUGACGAUGAGGACUUCAGCUCUUCCAACUCCUCCGACGACAAGCUCGAUAUUCCUGCUAUUCAGGCUUGCCCGAUCGUUCCCUCAUCCCCAGAGCCUUCUGAGACUACUGUUACCGGAUCCGAUACCAAGUCUGCCCCUGAGCCUGCUGCACCUGUUGUCACCGAUGAAGAGUUUGAGAAUGAUCCUGCUUUUGAACUCUGGCAAGACUCGCCUUCACCGUUAUCUACGUCCUCUCCAGUCGCUCCUGCUUCACCAAUUGCUCCUGCUGCCGAGCUCGACAUGACUGGCCUUUCGCAAGUCGACAUUUUUGGCGGUAUCGAGCCUGAGAAGAUUCUGGCUCGGUUCGAGCUCGUUGAUGCCGCUGCUUCUGGCGAUGAGAGCACCUCAACUGUCGAGGAGAAGGCUGAGGACGAAAUUGCUGCCGCUUUGGCCAUGGCCCGUGUGAGGAGGUUGAUCUCUAACCUGGAGGGAGUUGUAGCAAGGUUAGAGCUGUUGACCGUGGAAUUGCAAUCAGAAUAG